AUGUGCUUCUGGAGAAAGCUCUCUGUGUUCGGGGGGCCAUUGUUCCUGCUACUCAGCCUGGUUCCCUUGACUGAGACGGAAAGACCCUCAACUCCAGACAGCAGCGGCACUUGGAGUCCAGGGCAACUGACGGAAAUUCUACAUGUUCUCUCGGCAGAAGAGCCCACGCCCCUGAACCACUCAAGAAGCCUCAUCAGAACGCUGCUAGAGAAAACCGGGUGCCCACGGAGGACAGACGGAAGGCAAGGAGAUUGCAAUCUGUGCUUCGAACCAGAUGCCCUGUUACUAAUAGCUGGAGGAGAUUUCGAGGAUCAGCUCAGAGAGGAAGUGGUCCAGAGAGUUUCUCUUCUCCUCCUCUAUUACAUCAUCCAUCAGGAAGAGAUCUGCUCUUCCAAGCUCAACAUGAGCAAUAAGGAGUAUACAUUUUACCUACACAGCCUUCUGAGCCUCAGGCAGGAUGAAGACUCCUAUUUCCUUUCACAGAAUGAGACGGAAGAUAUCCUGGCUUUCACCAGGCAGUACUUUGACACUUCCAGAAGCCAGUGUAUGGAAACCAAAGUGCUGCAGAAAAUAUCUGGUAUCUCAAGCAGUGAUGGUGCCGAUGAAAAUACACUUCCUCAGUUGGCAGAGACAAUCAUCGCUUUGUCCCUCCAAGGUGUUUGUCUGGGACAAAGAAACUUGCCGUCCCCAGACUAUUUUACAGAAUAUAUUUUCAGUUCCUUGAAUAGUACAAAUACGCUCCAUCUGUCAGAACUAGACCAACUCCUCAACGCUCUCUGGACUAAAAAUACCUGUAUCAGAAAAGAUAGAAUCCAUCAACUUCAAAGGAAACAAAACAACCUAACAGUCCAUGAUUGGGCCUACCCUAAUCUAUCUGUACCCGAGGACCCAGAAUCAGAUGACAGUCCAGUUUCCUGGGAUCAGACUUGCUUCUCUGCUGGACAAUUCGUGGAGAUAUUUCUACAGAACAAGCUUUCAGCCAUUUCUAAGGAGGACUUUAAGCAAAUGAGUCCAGGGAUCAUCCAGCAGUUGCUGAGCUGCUCUUGCCAGCUGCCCCAGGACCAACAAGCGAAGCUGGGACCCCCCACGCCGGAGAAAUAUGGCUACAGCACCAUGGCAGUGACGUUGCUCACGCUGGGCUCCAUGCUCGGGACGACCCUGACCCUUUUCCACUGCUGCGAGGAGAGCUAUCGGCUCAUUUUACAGCUGUUUGUGGGUCUGGCUGUUGGGACACUUUCUGGGGAUGCUCUGCUCCAUCUGAUUCCUCAGGUUCUUGGUUUACAUGAGCAGGAAGCCUCGGAGUCUGGACAUUUCCAUGAACACAAGGGCCACAUUUGGAAACUGUUGGGAUUAAUUGGAGGCAUCCAUGGAUUUUUCUUAAUAGAAAAAUGUUUUCUUCUUCUUGUGUCACCAAGUGCCGAGCAGGGCAUGUCACUGGUUAAUGGGCAUAUGGGACGUUCCAGCCAUCUUGCGUUCAACACUGAAUUAAGUGACCAGUCAGGCAGAGGCAAAUCUGCUUCAACUAUCCAGUUGAAAGGCCUGGAAGAUGCACAGGCAGCUGAAAUUCCUAUAGGCAGUCUGAACGCCCCCAGCAGAAAAUGCAAAACCAUUAGCUUGUUAGCAAUAAUGAUCCUGGUUGGGGACAGCCUGCAUAAUUUUGCAGAUGGCCUAGUCAUAGGAGCAGCCUUCUCAUCUUCUUCCGAGUCAGGAGUGACCACAACAAUUGCUAUCUUGUGUCAUGAAAUUCCCCACGAAAUGGGAGACUUUGCUGUGCUCUUAAGCUCUGGACUUCCUAUUAAGAUUGCCAUCCUGAUGAAUUUUAUAAGUGCUUUAACUGCCUUCAUAGGACUGUAUAUUGGGCUCUCGGUAUCCGCGGAUCCAUGUAUUCAAAACUGGAUCUUAACAAUUACUGCUGGGAUGUUCUUAUAUUUAUCCUUGGUGGAAAUGCUUCCUGAAAUGACUCAUGUUCAAACACAGCGACCGUGGUUGAUGUUUCUCCUGCAGAACUUUGGACUGACCCUAGGUUGGCUUUCCCUCUUACUCUUGGCUAUAUAUGAACAAAAUAUUAAAAUAUAAGUUGAGUCUCAAAAUCCUUCAAAAAUCAAUUUCAAUGGCAUCAUUUUGUUUCUUUUGUUGUAUUCUACAGUGAUUUAUAAAUUAAAUAUUUUUAUCUUAGGUGAA